AUGUCAUUCAAAGGAUUCAAGAAAUCAAUCAUCAGAACACCGCAAAAUAUUAGACAAAAGUUUAAUAUGGGAGAAAUUACCCAAGAUGCGGUGUAUCUUGAUGCCGAACGUAGAUUCAAAGAAUUAGAAAUUGAAACCAAAAAGUUAUCAGAUGAAAGUAAAAGAUAUUUCAAUGCAGUAAAUGGGAUUUUAGAUUAUCAAAUUGAUUUCUCUAAAGCAAUUGAGGAGAUUUAUAAACCAAUUUCAGGGAAAUUAUCCGAUCCAAAUGCUACACAUCCUGAAGAUAAUCCCGAAGGUAUUGAAGCAAGUGAACAAUAUCGUGAAGUUGUUAAGGAUUUGAAAGAAACUUUACAACCUGAUUUGGAAUUGAUUGAAAGUAGAAUCGUCCAACCAGCUCAAGAAUUGUUAAAAGUUAUCAAUUGUAUCAGAAAAAUGGCUACCAAAAGAGAUCAUAAACAAGUUGAUUUAGAUAGACAUAAAAGAAACCAUAAAAAGUAUCAAGAUAAGAAAGAAAGAACUGCUAAGGAUGAAGAAAAGAUGUAUGGUGCCGAAGCUGAUGUAGCAGUAGCUCAACAAGAAUAUGAUUAUUAUAAUGAUAUGUUAAAGAUGGAAUUACCAAUAUUAUUCCAAAUGCAAAAUGAUUUUAUCAGACCUUUAUUCGUUUCAUUCUAUUAUAUGCAAUUGAAUAUUUUCUAUACGUUAUACAAUAGAAUGGAAGAAUUAAAAAUCCCAUAUUUUGAUUUGACUACUGAUAUUAUGGAAAGUUAUGCAUUUAAAAAAGGAAAUAUUGAUGAACAAACAGAUGCUAUUGGUAUCACUCAUUUCAAAGUUGGUCAUGCUAAAUCUAAAUUAGAAGCCACUAAAAGAAGAUACGCAGCUCAAGGAGGUGCAGGUGCACCAGGUCAACCUACAGGACCAAAUUAUGGAAUUUAUGCCCCACAAAAUCAAACCGCUCCUCCUUAUAGUCCAACUGGUUCAACUGCACCUCCAGGCUAUGGACAACCACCUGCACAACAAUAUGGAGAUUAUAAAGAUCCUAAUGGACCAGGUUAUACCCCACCAGCUUCAGGUUAUCAAGCACCUGGUUAUCAAGCACCUAAUUAUGCAGGAGCCCAAAGUCCUCAGCCUUCUUAUGGAGGAGCACCCAGUUAUCAAAGUCCUGUCACGCCUGUUUCACCUAAUUCUGCUAUACCACCACCUGUGGCACCUACUGCAGCUAGUACGUGUACUGCUAUUUAUGAAUAUACUGCUCAAGCUCAAGGAGAUUUAACUUUCCCUGCUGGUGCAGUGAUUGAAGUCAUUGACAAGACUGAUAGUAAUGGUUGGUGGACAGGUAAAUACAAUGGUCAAACCGGUGCGUUCCCCGGUAAUUACGUACAAUUAAAUUAA